CAUUGAAGAAAACAAAAGAGAACUCGGUGACUGACUGUCUCUCUUCGCAUCAACUGCACUCUCUCUCUCUCUCUCUCUCUCUCUCUCUCUCCCCUCCUUCUUUCUUGCAGUAGAUCUUGUCAUCCCCCCUCUCUCUCUCUCUUUGACAUACAUUUUGCUGCUUUAGAGAAGCUAAUGUGUGGAUGUUGCUGGUAGUAGCUUAGCUAAAGAAAAAAAAAGGAAAGAAAUGAUGAAUAAUAAUAUUAAUAUUAUUAACAAUAGUAGUAAUAAUAAUUCUAGGAGCACUAAUGGGAGUUUGAGAGAAUCUCUAGUGGGAGGGAGGAAUAUUCCGAUGGGAUCCCAGUACUACCGCCGUGGUCAUAAUGUGACGGGUGGCGGUGGUUUCUCUAAAAAUAAUAAUGGCACGGACGAGAACUUGGAUCUCUUCUCCAAGAACCGCCGCGGUCUCUCUGUCUCCUCCGAUGAAUCUUCUGAUGUUUCAGUGAAAUUGGAGAGACUUGCAGUUGGCUCAGCUAAAUUUGCAAGGAGCGGGAUCGAUGAUCUGUUAUCAUCCACGGAGGGAGGGAAGCAUGAUUAUGAUUGGCUUCUUACCCCCCCUGGAACUCCUCUUUCUCCUUCAUCGGAAGGAAGUGAAUCAAAACCAACUUCAGUGGCUCCACGAAGCAGUUCUUUGGCUAGAUCAACUUCUACUACCAAGGCGGUUUCUAGGCUUUCAGUUUCACAAUCAGAGAGUUACCAUUCCUCAAGACCAACUAGAAGCAGUUCAGUGACUCGACCUUCUAUAUCUUCUUCACAAUACAGUACCUAUUCCUCGAAUAGGUCCUCUUCAAUCCUAAAUACAAGCUCAGCCUCUGUCUCAUCUUAUACUAGACCAUCCUCCCCAAUAACCCGCACGCCACCUGUAGCAAGACCUUCCACACCACCAGCCCGCCCAACACCAUCACGUUCCUCAACCCCGUCAAGAGUUCGACCUGCCCCCACCAGCUCAUCAGUUGACAAGACUCCACCCUCCCAAAACUCGAGGCCCUCCACUCCACGUUCUAGGGGGCAAAGUCCUGCAAACUUUAGUGCAGCACCCACUCGAUCAAAUUCUCGUCCAUCAACUCCUACACGUCGGAACCCAGCACCUUCCUCAUUUGCCGCAUCAAGUCCUUCAACUUCUGCUGGACGUGUUCUGUCAAAUGGUCGCAUUCCUGGGCCAGCAUCCCGACCAAGUUCCCCGAGCCCUCGAGUUCGGCCACCACAGCAACCAGUUAUUCCUCCUGAUUUUCCUCCAGACACACCUCCAAACCUCAGAACAACUUUGCAGGGGAGGCCGCUUUCUGCAGGUAGGUCCAGGACAGGUGUUUCUUCAGCUAUGAAGGGGAACCCAGAAACCAUGGGCUCUUUGAAUGCACCAAGAAGACAUUCAUCUCCAAUUGUCACAAGGGGAAGACUCACAGAGCCAUCUGGAAAGGGCCGUGUGCACAGUAAUGGGCAUGUUGCUGAUACACCUGAGCCUCGAAAGUUCUCACAUGUGUCAGAAGUAGGAAUAAGACGACCUGUAAAGUCAUCAUCAGCUGCCUCAGAUAGCACUGGGUUUGGGAGGACUAUAUCUAAGAAGUCUCUGGAUAUGGCCAUCAGGCAUAUGGACAUAAGAAAUGGCACAGGAAGCGCUCGAUCACUUUCAAGCACCACCCUCUUUCCUCAGAGCAUUAGAUCCACCACUCCCAAAAGCCAAUCUGUCCGUUCUCGGAGUACGCAAGAAUCCAUCAACAACGGAAAUUCACAAAAUGGAGAUGUUUUGGAUAAUGAAAUCCACUUUAGCAGGGCUGCAGAAAUCGGGCAUGAAGCAAAUGAUGGGCGAUACUCUGCAAAAUUGAGUGACGUUGACAUCUAUGAAAGCUCUCGAUAUGAUGCAAUAUUACUCGAGGACUUGAAGAACACAAACUGGUUGCACAGUAUUGAUGAUAAAUCCGAUCAAGGGCCCUUCUUUGAUAAUGGAUCCGAGUCUCUGCCUGAACCUUUCGGCUUAUUGUAACAUCUAAUAAAAGGAGAUCUUUAUUGAAUGAUUUAUUUUUUUCCUUUUUAAUUUAUUUGCGUACUUGGAAUUAAUGAAUGAUGUAAACUUUUAGCACUAAGAACCGAUAAAGUAAAGAGGCAGUGUAUUCUCUGCAAUGAAAUGAUGAUUUCGGUGUUGGAAUUUUUGUUUA